AUGUUGUUAUUGUUGUCGUUGUUACCUUUCCUCGCCUUAUCUCGAAAUCUCCCUCCGACCACCACCGUACCCUCGCAGUACACCGAAGCUCCCGUGUACUUAAACGGGAAGCAAUGCAGUAAUCCCACGAUCAACGGUCCACGCUCUUACUGCGACCCCUCGCUAGUCCACGUGGCCAUGACCCUCGAUUCCCGUUACUUAAGGGGAUCUAUAGCCUCCGUCCACUCGGUCCUCAAACACACGUCAUGCCCCGAAAAUGUGCGCUUCCAUUUCAUCACAUCUCAUUCGGCUUCAUCCCAACUAGCCAAAGUCAUGAAGUCCACAUUUCCAUAUCUACCCUUCAAGAUCCACCCUUUCAACAAGGGUAAAAAAGUCGAACACUUGAUCUCGCACUCCAUUCGCCCGGCCCUCGAGAACCCUCUAAACUACGCGAGAAUCUACCUCGCCGAGAUUCUCGACUCGUGCAUCGCGCGAGUCGUGUACUUAGAUUCCGACACGAUCGUAGUCGACGACAUUCGAAACCUUUGGUCGACUGAGUUAACUGGGUCAAGGGCAAUAGGGGCGCCCGAGUAUUGCCACGCGAACUUCACGAGCUACUUCAACGAAAACUUCUGGGCCGACCCGUUUUUAUCAGGGGCGUUUCGCGGGAAAAAACCGUGUUAUUUCAACACGGGAGUUAUGGUCGUGGAUUUGGAGAGAUGGAGGGAAGGAGAGUACACGAGGAAAAUCGAGGGGUGGAUGGAAGUGCAGAAGCAGAGGAGGAUAUACGAGCUCGGGUCCUUGCCGCCUUUUUUGCUCGUUUUUGGUGGGGAAAUAGAAGGGAUUGAUCAUAGGUGGAACCAACAUGGUCUAGGUGGGGAUAAUGUAGUGAAUAGCUGCCGAAGCUUGCAUCCGGGUCGGGUCAGUUUGCUGCAUUGGAGCGGGAAAGGGAAGCCGUGGGUAAGGCUCGACGAGGGGAGGCCUUGCCCGGUGGAUUAUCUGUGGGUACCUUAUGAUCUGUAUAGAUUCAAUAGAUUUACAGAGUAG